ACUUCAUUUCAAUAAUGCAAAGGCUGUGGCGUGAGAUUGAAGCCAAUGUUUGUGCUUGUGCGUGAUUUUCAAGUCCACACCCUCUCCUAUAGCAAACUUUAUAAGGUCCCUCUCUAACACCAUGCAUCCUCACCCCUUCACCUUCAUCAUUCACCACCCUUUCAUUCAUUAAGAUUAUUCAUGGCUCUACCACAGCAACAAACGGUUGAGUAUCCAAGUUUCAAGCUUGUCAUCGUAGGCGAUGGAGGAACUGGAAAAACAACUUUUGUGAAGAGACACCUAACUGGGGAGUUUGAGAAGAAAUAUGAACCAACUAUAGGUGUGGAGGUUCAUCCACUAGACUUCAAUACCAACUGUGGAAGAAUUCGCUUUUAUUGCUGGGACACUGCUGGUCAAGAAAAAUUUGGUGGUCUUAGAGAUGGUUACUAUAUUCAUGGGCAGUGUGCUAUCAUUAUGUUUGAUGUAACAGCUCGGUUGACAUACAAGAAUGUUCCUACAUGGCACAGAGAUCUCUGUCGGGUGUGUGAGAACAUACCAAUUGUUCUCUGUGGAAACAAGGUUGAUGUGAAGAAUAGACAGGUUAAAGCAAAGCAGGUUACAUUUCACAGGAAAAAGAAUCUGCAGUACUAUGAGAUAUCUGCAAAGAGUAACUACAAUUUCGAGAAACCUUUCUUAUACCUUGCCAAGAAACUUGCAGGGGACCCUGGCCUACAUUUUGUUGAGAUGCCUGCUCUUGCUCCCCCGGACGUAGUCAUUGAUCUAGCUACACAGCAAUUGAAUGAACAAGAGCUAGUUAUGGCGGCUGCUCAGCCUCUUCCUGAUGACGAUGAUGAUACAUUUGAGUAAACUUUUGGGCAUUUCAGAAUUUUCCUGAUAAAAAAAAAAGAUGUAUUUUUCAUCUGCUUUUGGUGCAUUGUAUUAUUGGGGAAUUUUCAACAAGUUAGAGUAAAGGUAGGGGUCUGUUCAGCACGGACAUAAGCAGUAUUUCUUAGUUUUGUUCCCACAGUUGUGCUGUGUGUAAUAGUAAUCAAUUGACUUCUUGGGUCAUUAAACUUUUAAAUGAUGUCAUACAGAGUACAUUCCCCUUGCUAAUUUUGUGCACAUGUGCGCGUGGAUGAAAUGGACCUCAUCAACCAUAUCUCACGGUAGUUAGUACAUUCACAUGUCCAGAUCAAUUGAAUUAAAUGUUAAAAUUGAUAUGGAUAAAUGAAUGUACUAAAUACCAUCGAUGAUUUUACUUUUAUUAGAGCUAUAAUCACUGGUUUUCAUGCCAAUCUUGUUGGGGCAAAAAAAAAAAUGCAUAAUGUAUUAUACUACUACUAUUAUUAUAUGUAGCUUGU